UUUUCUUUUUUUCUUUUCUUUUUUAAAAAAAAAAAUAUAAAUAAAAGAUGCUUUCAUCACGUACAUAUUAAGCAUAUAAUAUUAAGAAUAUAAAUAGCUAGCAAGAUGAUAUGAGUUUUUGUCAUAAACAGUGCUCUCUCAAACACUCUCAUGUUUUAAGCUAACUAAGCUUGAUUUGUCUCGAUAUAUAUUCUCAAAUUAUAUAAGAGGGUUAGUCGGGUUAAUUAGGAAAUUAAUUAUGAUAAGUUUAGAUGAUAUAUCUAAAGUUAUGGUAGCCACAGUGCCACUCUAUGUAGCCCUAAUCCUAGGAUACGGUUCAGUGAAGUGGUGGCGUAUCUUUAAACCGGAUCAAGUUGAUGCCAUAAACCGGCUAGUUUGUUACUUCACCCUACCUCUUUUUAACCUAGACUUCACAGCUCAUAGCAACCCCUUUAAAUGGAACUAUAAGUUCCUAGCCGCGGAUGCCAUAUCUAAGGUCAUCAUAGUCGCGGUCCUAGCCCUUUGGGCUAGGUGUAGUAGUAAAGGGAGUUAUUGUUGGUCAAUUACUAGUUUCUCCCUGUGCACCCUAACCAACUCGCUCGUGGUUGGGGUGCCCUUACUAGGGGCUAUGUAUGGACAAUUAGGUGUUGAUUUAGUAGUUCAAUUCUCGGUCACUCAAGCUAUUAUUUGGCUUACAGUUCUUUUAUUUGUUCUUGAGUUUCGUCAGUCUAGGUCAGAUUUUCCAAGUACCGUGAAUUGUACUAGUAGUGUACUAGUAGUGAGUGAUGCUACGUCCCAAGUUCAUUCACUUGGGAUCGAUCUAAAAGAUUUGGAAGGAAAAUGCACGAAUAAUGAUGGUUUACAAAAUAAUAUUAGUAGACCAUCAUUGUGUUCAUUGUUGAAGGUGGUUUCGAUGAAACUUCUUGCUAAUCCCAACUCUUACUCUUGCAUUGUAGGCAUCAUUUGGGCGUUUUUUGCCUGCAGGUUCAAUUUUCAAUUACCAAGCAUCGUUGAUGGAUCUAUACUAAUUAUGUCAAAAGCCGGGACCGGCACGGCUAUGUUUAGCAUGGGCAUGUUCAUGGCUUUGCAAGAGAAGUUGAUUGCAUGUGGACCAAAGCUAGCCAUAUUUGGGAUGGUAUUGAAGUUUAUAGCCGGCCCGGCUGCUGUGGCUAUAGCUUCUCUAGCCGUUGGCUUGCAUGGUGAUGUCCUACGCGUAGCUAUCAUCCAGGCAGCAUUGCCGCAGUCUAUUACCUCCUUUAUAUACGCGAAAGAAUAUGGACUACAUGCGGAUGUUCUUAGCACUGCGGUGAUAUUUGGCAUGAUGGCUUCACUUCCGAUUUUGAUUGCGUAUUAUGCAACUCUACAGUCAUUACAUUCCUUAUAAUGAAGUUCUUUUAAUUUAAUUUGUACGUAUCAAAAGGGAUGUUACUUCUCCUUAAUUUAUGUUCAUUAUAGAGAGGUUUAUAUAUUCAUGAGUAAAUUUAAUGUUGGGAAUUAGAUGAAAUUACACAUAUUAACCUUUGACAUUCUCGUGUAAUGAAAUUUUCUUAUUCUUCAGG